AGACAACUCUUGGAGACAGGAACAUGUUAGCAGCUAUAGUUUUAAACAUGUUUAAAAAUGCCUACCUUCUAUUUCAAAAUGUAGAAUUUAAUCGAACCCAGGAAUAUUCUUAAAAUUACAUUGUGAUUUGGGGGGCAUGUGAUGUUCCUCUUCAUUGCGUUCAGGUCUUGUGGAACACAUUUUCCUCUUUAAUCAGAAUAAAUUUUUCACCCUCAUUAGAAGCCAGAAUACGAGUUACUAUCCUGCGCAUUUUAUGCAGUGGUUACGUACUGUAUUAUUGUGGCAUCCCGCCCCCGAAAGCGGUCUGUCUGGGAGACUCUGAACACUGACCUCUUUCCUUUCUAUUUGCAGACUCGUUUCCCCUCUCCGCUCCUCAGUACAUACGGGGCGUUUCCCUUUCUCUCUAUUGAGCCAAACCCCCCAGCUGAGCAGUAGCAGUCGUUUAGUCUCUGUCCCCUUUUUUUCCUAUCUGCCUCUCCUCCUUCAGUUACUAGCACGUCCAUGUACCUGAAAAGGGCAAUAAAACUAGUUGAGAUGCAGUUACCGUCUCCUGCCUCUCUUACUAUCCUGCUGCUUGUGCAAGGGGAAACCAGGAGAGAUCCGCUACAUUACGUUAGAUAUCAGACAUCACUCAAGGAGACAUAUUCUCCUUUCCUUAAUGUCAUGGAGGAGGGAGUUGUCUGAUAUUUACAAGCCAUGUCAUUUUGAAAGCUCGAUGCCUAUUUUUAAAUCUCUCUAUAGAUAUCUGCAGAUUUCCAGACAUUACUAGUGGAUCACAUAAUCUGAUAUUUGUUUUUCAGUGAUAUUUAUAUUUCCACUGCCAAUCGCUAGAAUGAAUGAAUGUCAAGUACAGUUAAAAUAAAGUAUUGUAUAGAUAUAAAAAACAAAAAAUAUUAAAAGCAAAUUCACUCAUCAAACAUUGUGUUUUCGGAUAAUGGGUGUAAUAUUGCAGGUAUGCCUGAUUAUUCAUUGUGUUUUCAGGUUUGUGUUCUGUAUGGAAAGGAUUGGAUAAAUCAAUGGAAUCACACAAAAAAGUAAAAUCCUCUUAGGUUAAUUUCAUAUUUUAUUUUUAACAGUUCCAUUCAACGUGUAUUCUUACGUAUUAGGCUUAGAAAUAGCCAUUGAUUAUCGAGUGGCCGCUCUACUAAUAACACUGGUUUAGCAACAAUGACAUUGAUAGUCACUGCCCUCUAGUGGGCUUUGUCUGCAAAUUCUAGUUUGGUCUUCGACUUCGAACAGCAUGAGCUGUGGCUUUGUUGAGUCAGUCCGUUAACAAUAAAAACCUAGGAUAAGUAUUUGCUGUCAAUGACUGGUCUACUGUAUUUACCAGAAGGCUCUAGUAUAAUCUAAUUUAAUGUUGGGUGCACACGAAAUCUCAGGUAAUCUUACAUGCACGCGAAAAAGGAAAGGAAACGAAACGUUACAGGCUCCUUUGUCACAUUAUCACAUUAUCAUAAACAUUGUCUACCAUUAAUAUGUAUUACAUUGAAUACAUGAUACUAAUGUUGUCUCAUAUUAAUAUGUAAUAAUAUAUUAUGCGUUAUAUGUAUUGACACUCCUAUAUAACACACUAGUCUUUAACGUCAAAUAAAUAAGAUACACUGAAAGAACCAUAGAUACUAUGACUAUAACCAUAAUGUCCUAGCAAAAUGACAAAUCAAUGUCUGCACAUACAUACUGUGUAUACCUCUAUUGUACACAUAGCUACCGUCAAACAUGUAGAAAGCAUACAUGUAGAGUAGAUAGGCUUAAGGUUAUUUUAAUAAAUCAUCAUUAUAAUAAUAAUUAAAAAUCAGGCACCUAACCUAUAUUUGUGAUGAUGAUGUCAGGAGUUCUAUUGUAUUUUGCUGAUACAAUGCAUGUCUGAAGACUGUUCGAUUUCCCCCUCUCCCGGACCUAUAUAGGUUGGCGUACGAUCCCAGAUUCCAUGACGCCGAGCGCAGCGCAGUCCAGAAAGGGAGUGUUAUCAUAUGCGGCUCUGCUGGGGGUUCAGGAAAGCGCAGGCGCUGUAGCUAGAGCACUGGUUGAAAAUGACCAGCUAUUCUGCUGAGUGAAGGAAGCUAAAUGUGACUGAUCACAGCAUCAAAUCUGCAACGGCUGAAACAAAACAGUCAACGGACAAAAAAAAAAAGCAUCUGCUCUUCUCCACUGGAUGUUUUCUGUCGACGAAUUUGAUCAUCCGGGAAGCUAUAUCCCUCGGCCAAUGUUUUUGUCCUUCUGAAACACGGGGAUUUACUUCGUUUCUCUUUGUUUAUUGUUCUUUUUUAUUUUACAUUAACACGGGUCAUUAUGAUUUGUUUAACAUUCCGUAAUAGAAGACGCUUGAAUUGUAUAUAUCCAGGGGCGUUUUGCUUGCAAUUCAUGCUGUGGAUUUUAUGUGCCGUUUGCGGAGAGGAGCAGCCGUUCAGUGUGGAGGCCUGGUUACAGAGAUAUGGCUAUCUCCCCCCUACUGACCCCCGAAUGUCUGUCUUGCGCUCAGCACAGACCAUGCAGUCUGCUAUCGCUGCCAUGCAGCGUCUUUACGGCCUCAACGUCACGGGGACACUGGACCAAAACACAAUAGAUGAUAUCACCUUGAGCUGGAUGAAGAAACCUCGGUGUGGUGUGCCAGACCAGCCAGGAGGAGCAUCCAAGUUCAAUGUGCGAAGAAGGCGGUAUGCUCUCACAGGACAGAAGUGGCCACACAAGUAUAUCACUUACAGCAUAAAGAACGUCACUCCCAAAGUGGGCGCAGAAGAGACUCACGAUGCCAUCCGCCGUGCCUUUGACGUCUGGCAGAAUGUCACUCCGCUGAGGUUCGAGGCCGUCCCUUACAACACUCUGGAGAACGGAAAGAGGGACGUGGACAUUACAAUUAUAUUUGCAUCUGGUUUCCACGGUGACAGCUCUCCGUUUGAUGGAGAGGGAGGGUUUCUGGCACACGCAUACUUCCCAGGACCCGGGAUUGGUGGAGACACUCACUUUGACUCGGAUGAGCCGUGGACUUUAGGAAACCCCAAUCAUGAUGGUAAUGACUUGUUUCUGGUGGCAGUUCAUGAGCUGGGUCAUGCUCUUGGCCUUGAACACUCCAAUGAUCCCACUGCUAUUAUGGCCCCAUUCUACCAGUACAUGGAUACUGAGAACUUCAAACUGCCUUAUGACGACCUACAGGGAAUACAGAAGAUAUAUGGUCCACCUGAAAAGGUUCCCCAGCCUACGCAGCCCCUCCCUACUGCCCCACCCCCACGCUCCCACCCUCCCUCUGACCCCCGAAAACACGACCGGCAGACCCGACCCCCAAGACUCCCCACAGGAGACAGACCCUCGUACCCCAGUGCCAAGCCGAACAUCUGUGAUGGCAGCUUCAACACAUUGGCUAUUCUGCGGCGAGAGAUGUUUGUCUUCAAGGAUCAGUGGUUCUGGAGAGUGAGGGACAAUGCUGUGAUGCCUGGCUACCCCAUGCAAAUUGCCUACUUCUGGAGGGGUUUGCCUCCUAAGAUUGACGCAGUGUAUGAAAACAGCGAGGGAAAGUUUGUGUUCUUCAAAGGUAACAAAUUCUGGGUGUUUAAGGAUACAACUCUUCAGCCCACUUACCCUCAAGAUUUGUCAAAGUUUGGAAAGGGAAUGCCAAGCCAGGGUAUAGAGACCGCUGUCUGGUGGGAGGAUGUGGCCAAGACCUAUUUCUUCAAAGGUGACAGGUACUGGAGGUACAAUGAAGAUAUGAGAGCGAUGGACCCUGGCUACCCAAAGCCCAUCACUGUGUGGAAAGGAAUCCCAGACUCUCCUCAGGGUGCUUUUGUCGAUAAAGUUAAUGGGUUCACAUACUUCUAUAAAGGAAAAGAGUACUGGAAAUUCAACAACCAAAAUCUCCGCGUGGAGCCAGGCUAUCCCAGAUCCAUUCUCAAGGACUUUAUGGGCUGCGACGACUCAGCAGAGAGGGAGACAGAGCAGCACCACCCGCAGGACGAUGUGGACAUUGUCAUCAAGCUGGAUAACACAGCCAGCACUGUGAAGGCCAUUGCUAUUGUCAUACCUUGCAUACUGGCCCUGUGUCUGCUGGUGCUGGUCUACACCAUCUUUCAGUUUAAAAGGAAAGGCACUCCCCGCCACAUACUGUACUGCAAACGCUCAAUGCAGGAGUGGGUGUGACUGACGGCGGGUUUCCAUGGCAGUGGAGUAUCUUGAAACAUAACCUGCGAACUACAGCACUGCCCACACCUAGUGGCGGAGCAGGAAUUUGCCUUUCCUGACGGGGGCUGAUGUAUUAUUCCCCCCAUCUGCUAUGUGCAUCUCUACAGGGAAGGUUUUCAGGUUGGACUCUUCCAUGAUGCACAGUUUCCUCCGUCACAUCAGAUCUUUCUUUGGCAAAACCAUUUACUAUCUAGGUCUUACUCCCUCUGCACGCUCAAAGCCCUAGUAAACUUGCUGGAGUUAACAAGUUAACAAAUUUUUAUUUUAUCUUUUGAUUUUCUAAAUAAUUUAUUUCUAUGGACGUUUUCUAUACCCUUUUAAACAUCUUACUUCUGAAGAGGAAAACACCCAGACCAAAAAAAAGCUUUCUCUCCAAAGAGGAUCGCUUUCUUCUUUUUUUUUUCUCUCUCUCUCCACUGCUCUUGAUCCUUCGUAACGAGUAGGAGUUGGGAACUUUGACUGUUGUGGCAGUCUGUCUCAAAACAGGGGCCAAAAUCCUUUGCAAUAUUUUUAACCGCCUUAAUUAUACUUCUUGUUUUCUUGUGUUUUGUAUACUGCUUUGUUUGUUCAUUCGAAGAGCUGAUGGUCCAAAUUCAUAGCCAUGUUCUUUCUUUACUGUUUGCUCGCUCCAUAGGCAUUGGUUUACAAAUUGCCAAAGCCCAGGCAUCAUGGUCUGCCUGCCAUGAAAAAGGGAAAAUCAGCCUGUUAUUUAAAAUGAAGUGUAUCCAUGAAGAAGGAAAUUAAAUCUUUUCACAUUGCAAAGAAGCCAUUAAGUUGAGUAUUGUGUUAUUGGAACUCUUUCUGUCUUUGUUGAAGGAAUAUGGAAGGUCUAAGACAGGUUAAUGUCUUUAACAAGUCUUGUCUUUGAAUUUCUGCCCAGUUAAAACAGUUAAGCAAGUUAUUCAAGUUUGCUUGAAAUGGACAUCCUUUGUGGCAUUCUAAGAGCUGGGCUAUUAGAAAGUUUUCAAGGCUUUCUUUUUUAAGGUCAAUCCUGACCACAGGCCUCUAGCAUGUUUCAGCUUCUCUCUGCCAGAAUCCAAAUUGUGUUGGUUCAGCCAGUCUCAUUCAGUCUCUGGGUCUUAGCCUUUUUUUUCAUGCUUAAGUGCAUGAAAGCUUCACAUGUAGCUUGGACUGACCUCUUAUAAAAUGUAAAAAGAAAGUGAAAAAGGAAUACCGCGUGGAAUGAUCAUAACUCAUUUUAAACAGGUUGCAGGUGUUGCUAAAUGUUUAUUCCAUUCAUCUGGACUAUUGUUCUGCCUUGUGGCAUGCAGCUUGUAGUCGUGCCUACAGCAUCUGCAAAGACUCAGUGUCCAAACUGUUCUGUACUCCUUAUUUUUGCUUCUUCAUGAUUUCUUUUCUUAGUAGAAACAAAAUUGAAAAAAACAAAUAUCAAGGUUUACGUGAUACAUUGUGUAAGUCUUUGAUUAUAGCAAAGGGAAUCUUGUUUCUUUCAGUUUGGUCACUGUAAUCUUAAAAAUGCAACUUAACAACUUAUUUCAUUGCUGUGUGACAGGCAACGUCCGAAUGUCUGUCUGUUUUUCAAAGGUAUGGGGGACUUGGGGAUUUAUGGGGACUAAAUGUAAGAUUCAGAACUGACCCUACAAUGGAAAGUUCUAAGAAAAUAAAUAAAUUGAUCCAUACAUGAAUGAAA